AUGUCAAUGUCCACGCUAAGACACCUCCUUUGGCUGGGAGCUUUGCUUUCGGCCACCCUUCAGGUUUCCGCGCUUCCGACAGCUCAGGAUCUAAUAUGCAAUGGCCAUCCGGAGUACUGUGAUCGUCGAUAUUCGGAGCUGUCAUUCGUGGGUGCCCACAAUUCUCCUUUUGUUGGACCACUGCUUCAGCAUAACCAAGAUAUCUCUGUGACCGAACAGCUGGAUUUUGGUAUCCGAUUCCUUCAGGGACAAACACACAAGAAUGAUGAUGGUGUCUUUAGCAUGUGCCAUACAUCAUGUAUCCUAGAGGACGCUGGGAGUGUAAGCUCAUACCUUCAAACGGUCAAAACAUGGCUCGAUAGCCAUCCAAAUGAGGUGGUAACCCUCUUGAUCACAAACGGCGACGGACUUGAUAUCAAGGAAUUUGAUGAUGCUUUCAACGCUGUUAACGGAAUCAAAGACUAUACCUUUGCACCAAAGUCCAAGCUUGCCCUCGGCGAUUGGCCAACGUUACGCGAGUUGAUCACGACUGGCAAGCGACUAAUAGUCUUCAUCGAUUCCAAGGCAGAUACCAAUAGAUUUCCAUAUCUACUUGACGAGUUUUCAUACUACUUUGAGACUCCAUUCAGCACGACCGAUGAAAACUUUCCUCAGUGCAAGCUUGACCGUCCACCCGGCGGCAAGCCCGACGGGCAGAUGUACCUCGUUAACCAUACCCUGAAUGUUAACGUCUUCGGCAUCUUCCUGCCUGACCGAUUCAAGGCCGGUAGGACGAACGCUGCCGUAGGCCAAGGCAGCAUUGGGGCCCAGGUCGAUUUAUGCAACUCGAUUUACCAUCGCAAGCCCAACGUGGUUCUCCUUGACUUUAUCACCGAGGGUGAUGUCCUGAAAGCGGAGAGAACGAUGAACGGACUUUGAUGUUUGACGGCCUUCGACGGCCCCAUAUUGCAGAAGCCUGUUUUUAAUGUUAAUUAUUUGGCAACUCUUUUUUCAGAAGUGCCGCUUUUUAUGACUUGGUUGACUAGAAUAUGGAUUAAUGAACAUGCUAUAAAUUUAUGUGUUAUAUAUACAUAUAUCAAAUGCCUCAGAGGACUUUCUGUAGUAUCAACAGAGUGCUACAAGUCUGGGGAACACAGCUUCACAACGUGAACUCCGUUGCAGGGAACAUUGAUUUUAAGAAUUUGCUCUGUAAUCUUUACAGUUGUGCCUCAGGCAAGGGACGAACAAGCAGCCUAACGGUAUGCCUUGCAUCCCCCCAAGCACCCCCCCAUCUGCACACUGUGUCAUCAGCAGCAUAACUCGGA